UGGUGGAGUUCCCAAGCAGCCAAAUUAAAAACUUAAGCACUUCCUGUUGAGUUAGUACAAAACAACCGAGUCCAGUGACAUGACAGAGCAGUGGAGAUCCUGAGGCUCCACAAGCAUCCUGCUUCGUCUAGCACACACUGUAUAACAGCUCUUGUGGUGUGACAGAAGUCAGGGUGGCAGUGAGGACAGGAGGGUGCGGAGCAAAGCCAGCACGUCCAUCCAGAAUCACCUAGUCAGAAAGAGACAAGCUGGUGAUAUGUGACCUAACAUACAGCUGAUAUAGACGUGAGAUGAAGAGACAGCCAAUGGACCGAGUGGAACCUCCAACAGGCGGCCAGCCUAGAGCAGAGAGGUAUGUCAUGGCCAACACAACGAUGAACAUGAAACCAAGAUAGAGGCUGAUCCGCUGGUUCCUGCAACAAUUCCAUCUCAUUUUUAAUUGGCAGUUGGUCAAGAAAAACCCAAGAAGCUAUCAAAACCAGCAGUCAGCCUUAUGUCCCUGACAAAGAAAGUGCCUCAUCUGGAAGAAAAUCCAAACUUUCUGGGAAUGAGAUAAUAGUGGUGACUCCUCGGUUAUCUGAAGAGAUAUUAUCCCUUUUUAAAAAAAUGCAAGAAAGUGGACAAAGCCCAGAAAAUGUAACUAUAAGAGAGAUGCCCCUCACCAUGGCUCAGAAACGGGAAAUCAGGCAGGUCCGAAAAUUUUACAUUCCUAUCGUUACAAAAUGGCAGUCAUGGAAGCUUAAGAAGAUGAGAAGUUUAAAACAAUUACAAGAACACCUGGAAGAUUUGACCGCCUACUUGGACCUAUGGACGCAAGCUUUCCACAGAAUUGGGGCUAAUUUUGGAAAUGGUAUUGAGUCUUACUUCAGAUUUCUGCGUUUCCUGGUAUUUCUUAACUUGAUGUCCUUCUUCCUGAUUGGGUGUUUUGUGCUGAUUCCCAACGUCACAAUUAGGAGCCUAAAACUAACAACCACAAGCAACAGCUCCGUUAAAAAUGAUACCGAGUGCACAUAUUACAACCCCACUCCAACUGGUCUUGUCAACUUCUUCAACUAUGUGCUUGAUAUUUUGUCGGGAACGGGUAUGCUGGAAUUUUCCUACCUUUUCUAUGGGUUCUAUGAAAGUGGAGAAGUCGAUUUGGUAAAGAAGAUCUCCUACAACAUCCCAGUCUCCUACCUUGUCACAUGCUUGUGUUACAUGUUGUUCUGCAUCAUCUGGAUUGUACUGAGGUCUGGUUCUGGUUUCAAAGCUCUAGUGCUAAUCGAAGGUGAAUCUCUGACACAUUAUGGCAGUUUGGUGUUCUCAGCUUGGGAUUUUCGACUAAAAAGUGAAAAAUUUAUAAAGCUGAAGCAGAAAACAAUUCGUUACGAGUUCCAAAUGGAGCUAGAAGAAGCUGAAGCUCACAGAGCUGCGCUACACCGCACCAUGUCUGAUAAUGCUCGUCUAUACGGCUACCGGGUGGCCCUGAACCUUGUGGUAAUAGCCUGUAUCACUGGCGCCUUCUAUUGUAUUUACUUGGCUACUCAGGAGUCGCAGAGGUUGCAGAGCGAGCAUGACUUUCUGACCAAGACCAGCUUCCUCCUGGGACUGCUAAUUGAAUACCUUCCCUCUGUUGUCAUCACUGCAGCCAACUUUAUUGUCCCGAUGAUCUGUGAUUUCGUCAUGCGAUUUGAGGCCUACACCCUAUCAAUGCAGAUUAAAGUUAUUCUCUUCAGGGCAGUGUUCUUGAGGUUUGCUAGCCUUGGAGUUCUACUCUUUUCACUUUGGGCUCAGAUCACUUGUGGUGGCGAUGUCACUGCCACAGACUGUAAGGCUUGUGAAUAUAACUAUGGCCAGUAUCAGUGCUGGGAGACCCGAAUCGGGCAAGAGAUGUACAAGCUGAUGAUUUUUGACUUACUGACCAUUACACUUGUUACUCUACUUGUCGAAUUUCCUCGUAGGAUGCUCGUUGACUUUUGUUCUUGGAAGCUUGUCAAACUUUGGGGCUAUCAGCAAUUUCUGGUCCCUCAGAAUAUUCUUCAGUUGAUUUAUGGUCAAACUGUGGUCUGGAUAGGGGUGUUCUUCUGUCCCCUCCUGCCUCUCCUGAACACAAUCAAAUUCAUUCUGAUCUUCUACUGCAAGAAGCUGACACUGUUUCGUAACUGUCGUCCAGCAGAGAAAACAUUUCGGUCUGCCCGCUCAAACUUCUUUUUUCGGAUUAUUUUGCUUAUUGGACUUUUUGUGUCCUGUGUUCCACUAGGAUACAGCGUGGCUAAGAUUCAACCCUCUAAAGGCUGUGGACCAUUCCGCUCACUAUCAAGGAUUUGGGAUGUUAUUCCAAAUUCAGUUGCAGAACUGCCAAUCACAACACAACAAUUUCUGUACUUCCUUGGAUCUCAGGCUUUUGCUGUGCCAUUGUUCCUGCUUUGCUGCGUUGUACUCUCUUACAUAUUGGCACUGUCAGCAGUUUAUAAAGACAGCAUCACUCAGCUUCGGGCUAAGCUUAAAGGGGAGGGGCGUGAAAAAAAGUUCCUGCUGAUGGAGAUUACAGACGUGUCCAAAGGCCACUAGAAAGCCUGCAGUUGGAUGUUAGAAUGAGCAACACUUCAAGUCGAAUCAAGCAAAACAGUGCUACAGCAAGAAAUGGUUUUUCAUAACUGAAUAGCAAAAAAAAGAAGUUAUUUAUUUUUAUAUUAAACACAGCCUUUAAUUGGUGUCUACUCUAUUUCACAGAUUAACAGAAAUUAAAAUAAGGACUGCAAUUUAAUAAUGAUAGUUAAAUAUUGCUGUAACCAUCACAUCUGUGUUACUAUGAAACAAACUAUACGUUUGUGAUGUAAGCACAUUGAAUUAUCAAAAGCCUAUAGCUUAUAUUUUACUACAGUAUCAAUAAAGAAAACAUCUGUAUAUUAAGAAUACUUAUUAAACAUAAUCUGCAUUUUUUAUAAUGAA